UCUGUAAGGCGGCGCUCCGCCAUUUCAGCCAACUGGAUACGCGAAUAUUUGUGUCACUGCAUACUACAUCAUAAUUAGACAGCCAGAGUAUGAGAAUACAGAACAGCAUUUGUUUAAUAGGCUAAGUAGGUAGAUCGGGUAGUAUACCACACGGCAGGGUGGGCGAGCUGGCUGGACGUAACCCAGUUGUCUGAAGAGGCCGGUCUGAUGUUUAAACGCCAGAUGGAUUACUUCAUAGCCUGGAAAACAUAACGGACGACGGUCGAACACCGGUCAGUUAUUACGCUUGCAAGGGGUGCAUCAAGGUGUACGUUGUACAGCUAUUUCAGGUGCUUACCUCCGCUGACUAGAGAGCUGACACCCGUUUGAUCCCAUGCCGGGGGUCUAAUUGCAUGUCUUGCCAGGUAAGACAAGCAGGCUGGACGCUGUGGAAGCAACAUGUCCCAGGUGGACGAGCGCUGGACCUCUUCUCCUACACAACCUAUGCCCCCUACGGCCACUGAGGUGAUUGUGAAGGACGAGCCAGAAUCCUCCCUUCCCCCACGGGAUCCUGAACGUGACUCUGCUAGAGACUCUGAUAGCCCUAGUCGCUCACCCCCCGGGGAACCUGUGACGAACGGUACCCUCUCUUCGGUUGUUCAUCUACCCCACCCACACGCCACCCACCCAGGUACUGGGCACCAUAUGGGAUUUGAGUCAACUCCAGGCCAUUUAUUACCUUGUGAAGAUGUUGAAGUGUUCUUUCACAACCUAGACAAUCGACCGACAGCAACAACCGUCGCGCUGGCUAGUUUUACGACAGUAGGUAAUGGUCACUUGACCACAUUGACCAACGCGCCGUUGUCCGCUCACCACACCCUAUAUCAAGGAUCACCCCUAGGGUCAGGCGGGCUGGUCACCAUGCAACCCCCAAGUUACUCCGAGUCACAGACCUACCUCCACUCUGGCCUACCCUCCCUCUACGUGCCGUCAUCCCGACCCCUCGGGAUGAUGCCGAUACAGUAUGACAGUCCUUCAGGGACCCCCACACCUGUCUCCACCCCUGUGUGGAAUGCAACAUCGGACACCAUGUACGGGGCGCCGUCGUCCUCCCCGAAAUACACCUACAUUGGAACCGUUGGGGAAAGCCUGCAUAACCCCCCGCGCACUGAGUCGACCCUGUCCCUGCAGCUGUCCCGACCACCCCCAGUUACCUACCAGGGGUACUCAACAGCCGAUGGAUGGGGAACCUAUGCCGGAGACAGAACGCAAGUCAAAGUAACCGACGCUGACUAUUAUGCUGAGGGACGGGAGUGUGUCAACUGUGGGGCAGUGUCCACACCCCUGUGGAGGCGGGACGGCACGGGACACUACCUGUGCAAUGCAUGUGGACUCUACAAUAAAAUGAAUGGCGUGAACAGGCCGCCACUGAAGCCCCCUACCGGCAGGAGAACGCCCGAAAUGGAAGACGAACGAGAAAAGAAAUAUACAGAAAUACGAUACGAAAAGUCGCCCCUCUCUUUCCCGCCCCGCUUGUCCCCCGACCUGGAGGAGGAGAGAGACGCUGUGGCUAAUAUCACUCCCCCAGAGACGGGAGGUGGGCCAAUGAAGAUGGCGAAAUCUAUUCUGCAACAGCAGAGCGGAAACAGACGUAUGGGUCUGUCUUGUGCCAACUGCGGGACUACAACCACCACCCUGUGGCGGAGGAACAGUGAAGGGGAACCCGUAUGCAACGCGUGUGGUCUGUACUACAAGCUACACCAGGUCAACCGGCCACUGUCUAUGAAGAAGGACGGAAUCCAGACAAGAAAGAGGAAACCUAAAACCCCUUCUUCUAAAUCCAGGACACCUCCCAAGGACUUGCCAUUGCACAACCACUCCAUUGAGCACUCCCCACCUCAGCACAUGUCCCACCCCCAGACAUCCCUUCCCCCAAUGUCCUCUCAAGGCCCCUAUGACCUCACCCUCAGUCGGUCAGAAACAAUUCCAAGUAAGCCGCCAUACUGGAACUCUGCCGUCAUGCCUUCAAGCUACUCCUCCGAGAUGAAGCCCCUUCCCUCUUAUUCGUCUCUGUAUUCGCACAACUCGGCAGUACUGGCAGCGUUGACUACACCGCCAAAUCCACCAGCCCUUCUACCAAUAUCAGCGUUAACACCGUCUGCUCGGAGCCAACACCCCCUUCCUGAAGACGUUGAAAGAUCCAUGGGCCUUGACCCCAACCUAAUGCUCAAACAUGCCGCAGAGCCUCUGUUUUCCCCCUCGCCUCCCAAGGCUGUUCCUGUUAACAGUGGUAUUACACCGGAACCGGAAGUUGGUGCGCCAUCUAUGGGACAAUCUGAAAUUGUUCAAUUAAAACCAGCGUCGGUCGGCCAAACAUAGAGGAUGGAUACAACGAGACGUUAGGGAAACAGGGUAGUCACCGUUCAACCCGACUUGCUGUUCCUGGAGAUGCAUUGACCUUCACAUCCAAAAAUGUCAGUGGAAGUUUUGGGGACUUCUAAUAUCUAUUUAUAUGUAUAUACUGAAAGACUAAGUCAUCAGGUUGCAGCCCUCAGCUCAGCAAAUAGAAACUUUCCAAUGUAAGGAGUGACAAAAUAUUAUGCACGAUAGACGUACUAAAUAUAAUGAUAUGUGAACUCUGAUAUUGACCCUGGUUCACUUAUGUGAUAACGAGAAGUGUCGUUAGGGGCCUUAGAGUUACCUCCCCUUCGAUGAUAUCGCCAAAUCUUGUCGUGCGGACUGUUGGUGGAGGUGGAACGCCAACGCUGAAGAGGUAUUAAAUUGUUUGGUUACCGUGGUCAUCGUGUCAACAAUACGCCAUUUUGUGUCAAGUGGAACUAUGUAACCUCUUUGACUGACAACACUGUACCAAAGAUACCAUCAUCAUGUUUUCUCUGAGAAAGGGUAAAUGUUCAAUUCAUCACUCAUACCACGUGACAGGCAUCACGUGAGAAUAACACUUGUCACCUCCCAAUUCACUUGCCAUAUUAGGUGCUGUGCUUUAUUGAUGUAAAAUGACAUGUAUAUAUUUUUAUUGUAUUGAUUCGCGAAUUUAUGUUGCUUCUUGUGGAUGUCUUCAAAAUAAUUCCAGUUUUAAGGCGAAGAAAGCCCGACAUAUUUAGUAUGUACGUUGUAAGUCUCAUCCAAUAAUGUCUGAUGACGGUACUACGUACACACAAUGAAGGUAUCACUGCCAAUAAGACUUACCAAUUGUUUGUAUUCUUAUAUUGUCCUAAUCAAGAUCGAUGAUCGGUUUGAUUCAUUGAUGUUAAAGUAUUAUGAUUUAGUGCUCGUUGUUCAAGUUCAGGUGAUAUUUCUACCUGUGUAUAUAUAUGUUUAAAUGCAUUUAAUGCUACAGUUGGCGUACAAGGGAACCGCUACAACAUUUAUGGAAUAUACACUAGGUGCAAGUACCAUUUUCAUCGUAUGCCAUGAAGCAUUAUGAUAUUUGUCUCUUCAGUUCCUUGUUGCUUUUUGUGUUUACCACGGUGGGACCAACUGAAAUCACGAGUUAUUUCCCUUGUCAUGCAACCAUUUGCUUUGUUCUGAAUCAUGUAAGCUAUCGUCUAUAAUUUGAUGUCUUUAACAAUAUUUUUAAAACAAGUUUGCAUCAGUUUGCGUAUGUAUAAAUUUAAUGUUUAUCUCAUAAAUGAAAGAACGCACAUUGCGAAACAAUGCUUUCCAAGGACGAAAUGUUCAAUGUGAUUACAAGACGUCACAACGUCAUCACAUGUGUGCUUGACUUCGUCCACUAAUGUGAAUUCUGACGAGCAUGGAGGUCAGCGUCUAUCUAAACAUUAUCAUGUAUCUUGCAGAUACUGUCAUUCUUAAAUCAGAUUUUCAAUGUUUGGAUGUCACCAAUAUCGACAUUUCCAUAAAUCUUAUAAUAAACCACCUAAUUUCUACACAAAAUAAGGGUCACAUAUUUUACCAUCGCAUUACAAACGAAGCUGUAAUUUAAUGAUAAUUUAGGUAUGGAACGCGUAUUCAUAUUCCUAUUUUCAAUUCAUAGUCAUGCUAAUGUGCGCCCAGUACAGGCCUAUAUUAAUGUAGGGAUAUCAGCAUUUGACCAGUAGUGUGCAGAUGUUUUGGAGAUGAUUGACAUUCGAAUCUUUCUUUUGUUUUAGCCUGAUUUCACGAUACUUGAAAUUAACUGAUCAGUAUGAUCGCUCACGUCAUGAUCACGUGGUAGGGUACUUCCAUCUAUCUUAUUUGUAAUGUUUCUACUAUUCUUGAUUCCAAUCUAAUACGUGCCAUACCACACUACAAGUGACGAUGUAGACUGUUGUGUCCUUUCCCAGUCAGUAAAUCGUUUUUUAUUAAUUUUGUUUUGCGUUGAUUUUAGAGGUUCAGCUAGUCCUCCUGCAAAUGGAGAACGACAUUUCUAAAUUUGCAUUCAGCAAAUGAACCAGACGAAUACAUAUCAAAUAUCCUUUCAAUAACCUGUUUGUUGGUGACGUUAAGGUACCGAGGUUGGUAGAACAGACACGAAGUUUGGGGGCCACACAAAAUUCAUUGAUUGUUCGCCGGGAUUAUGUUUUGUUUGUUUGUAUGUUUUAUGUUCGAAAUGACACCAGUAACAUCAUAACAGUCCAUGGUUAAAUCUUCCUAAAAUCCAUGAUAAACAUCUUUAACAAUCCUCUUGGAGUCCAGGAAGAAAUCAUACCCGAAUUCUUGACCCUUCAACAAUCUAUUGUUAAAUCCUGUAAACCUCGAUAGCUAAAUCCUCCAACAAUCCUUGAUUAAAUCCUUCAACAGUCCUCGAUCAAAUCCUCCAAUAUUCCUUUAUUAAUUCCUCUCCGACAAUCCAUGAAUGAAUCUUCCCCACAAUUCAAGGUCAUAACCCUCUUGCAAGAGAAAAAGCCUCACAAUAUGUACACACUGAAACGUUCCCAAUAAAAUCGAUUUCGUUAAAGCUCUAGAUUUUCGAACCAAAGCUGCCGCGAAAUGGCCUAUUUAUAUACCUCGAGGUUUCCCUCAGUAACCAUCCUGGUACCUUGGUUUCCGGAAUAACCUGAUCCGGACACACGAGACGUCACUGCAAGCCAUUUCUAUACUGAGUGCUGGAUCCUAUUUGCACAGUUAAUACCUCUGUGUUUAUAUAUUAAUCAAUGUCCGUAAGCUCCUGAUAUUUCUCCCAACGUCCGACGAGCAAACACUGACUUUGUUGUGGCCUACAGCGAAAGUGUCUUGUAAAUCUCAGUUGUGAUUGAACAAUCUGCCUUACUAGAAGUAGCCUUCCAGCUUGCCAGUGGAAAUUUCCUGACAAACGAGAUGUUUAUACAAAUGUAGUUUCACCAUAUCAUUGAAAUAAACUUGUCUACAAAA